AUGUCGACUCUCUGUCAAAAUCGUCUUUCGGAGGAGAGGAAACAGUGGCGCAGAGACCAUCCGUUUGGGUUCUAUGCAAAGCCAUAUCGGAGCCCUCAGGGUGUUUUGGACUUGAAGCGAUGGGAGUGCGGGAUCCCUGGAAAACCCAAGACGAUGUGGGAAGGCGGGCUGUUUAAGCUGGAUGUCAUCUUCCCCGACGAAUAUCCUACGAAACCUCCCAAGUGUAAAUUCGUCCCACCGCUUUUCCAUCCCAACGUUUAUCCGUCUGGCACCGUGUGCCUCUCGAUCUUGAGCGAAGAAGAUGCAUGGAAGCCGGCAAUCACGGUCAAACAAAUCCUGCUGGGCAUUCAGGACUUGUUGGAUGAUCCGAACCCCGAAUCCCCAGCCCAAGCGGAAGCAUACAACUUAUUCAAGAAGGAUAAGCCAGCCUACGAGAAAAAGGUUCGCCAAAUCGUGAAGGAGAAUCCCGAAGGUUCGACGAUUGCCGAUGAGCAGUCAAUGCAACAGUCUGCUGAAAGGCGCAAAUUACAAGCAGCUUCUCAGAACCUUUGCGCUGGAAGUGCUCCGUAG